AUGGAUCUUUCUCAACCGCAGGCUGAAGAUGCUGUCUCUUCCAACGAUAGAGUCGGGGAAAAACAACGCGAUCGGGAGGAAGAAUCACGUCACAUUAUGGACGACUUGAAAUCCGGAAACUACGUCCUUCUUCUCCAAGAGACUCCAAAAGUCAAAAUGAGCCAUUGCCAAGCAUGGCAUUUGUCCUCAAAGCCCAAAGGCAAAUACUAUCACGUCACAUGUAUUGAACGUCUCCUGCCCAAUUUGGCUGAUUUGGUGCGAGAUGGGCACUUACAGAGGGAUGGGUAUAUUUCCGCACCGCUUGACAGCAAAGUAAGCUUCAAAUCAUCCGGGGAAAUGAUCGCAGAUUGGUUCAAGUAUGGCGGCCGUACCUUUAAUCUUGGAUGUUAUGAAAAUUAUGAUAAGAACCAUCGUGAAUGGGAGGCAGAUUGGAGUGGACGGUGGAUCGAGCAUCAGCUGGGCCAUGGGGAACAGCCAGACAAUGCAUGCAACUUCUGUCAGUCCCUACCAAUCCCAGAAGAACCGAAAAAAUCAGAUUACUUUCCAGAAGAGCCUUCUGCGAUUUCAUUGAGUCAUUUGCUGGUGUCGGUGAUCAGAUAA